AAAUGUACUUUAUCCUUUAUCUAUACAUAAUUGAAUUACGAGUAAAACGAGCCGAUUGUUGCAUGAAUAUUUGUUACUGGCAUUGUAAACCAAAAAUUGUUUCAGUUUUGAUGGUGUUACAACCUGAUAAAACUAACCAUGAGUUUGUCAAAUUUUUAAUUAAAAAAUUUGAUUCGGUUUAAAUAAUUGUCAUUUAACUGAAGAACUUUGUGCUUUUCGUUGCAGACACUUACAAUUUUAUAAGUCCAACAAAACAGCAAACCACAUUCCUAGUUUCACCGAUAAGAAAACUUCGUUUUCAUCAGAGCUGUCCUAGUUUCUUGUGGUGCAAACAACAAAGACAGGAAUGGUUGACGAUGCUUGGCUUUGGAAUUGACAGGGCUUGCAGAUGCAGUGAAUUAAUAUAUAAUAAUUGUUACUGGAUAUAAACAUUUGAGCCAUUUUAUGUUUUGUACAAACAGCCAAUAGAAUCUUUUCUUCAUUUCAGUUGUGGAAUAUACCAAAUAAGCAACUUCAGAUACGUUCUCCUGGAUCAACUGUCAGUGAGCCUGGUUUCUGUCAUGGAAGAAAAAACACCUUUCAGUAUUUCCAGUCCCAUAUAUUUUGCAACAAUAGUUUCCAGUCAUCUGUGAUUAUGGACAAAACUACAUGAACCCCAUUGAUCUUUAUCUUGUCACCUCCAAGGAUAACUAUAACUUGUUAUAGCAAAGAAUGAUAGAGAGAUAGCUCUAUACAGAUUUAAGGGGUUGUGAAUUUUCCAAUGGAAGUUCAAAGGGUAGUGGUGAUCCAGGAUGCGUCUAAAGAAGCUUGUUCAAGCGCCAUUAGGUGGGCACUUCAUGCCUUAUUUCUCAAGCCUGGAGAUUUGCUUGUCCUCCUUGGAGUCCUUCAUGAUAAAAACAAUCCUAGUAGGCUAUCUUUCAAAGGAACAAGGAAGCUCUUGGGAUACAGAGCCAAAGUGGACUCCAGUUCAAAGUUUGGAUCAAACCACAGAAUUGUUGGUAGGGAAGCAGCAAGGAAGGAGGCGUAUGAAAGCAAUGCUGAAAUAAUGGACCUAUCAAAGCUUUACAAAGCAGAAAAGGUUGAAUUUAGGAUAGAAGUGUCUGCAGGAGCUUCACCAGCAGUUGUGGCCUUGAAAUCUGCGGAAGAUUUGAAGGCAACAUGGGUUAUUCUGGACAGGAAGAUGAAGAAAAACAAGAAAAUCUUUCUGGAAAAGCUAUCAUGUGGGAUAUCAAGGAUGAAGAGGAAUAAUAGGAUUGAGCUAUUGAGAGGACCAAAAGAGAAAUUCAACGAAUUUAGUGUAAUUUAUGAUGAUAUGAUGUCAGGGGCCCCGGAAGAAGAAGAUCUUUUCAGCAUUGAACUCUUUCCGAGAUAUUGUUUCACUGAAAAGAUGGGAUGCAAUAGUUAUAAUAUUGAUAAUUAUGCUGUAGGUCAAGCAGAAGCAAAUCAAGUGAGUCAAAAUCAGAAACUUACACAUACCAGCAGUUCUGCAGAUUCAAUCAUAGGGUUGCAAGCUGAGGAAACUUUUCGAAGUCCAGCCUGCACCAUUUGUGACAAUAGAAGACAAAAUAUGGAAUUGAGAAAAGGUUUCACGUAUGUGGAACUCCAUGCUGCUACGGAUGGAUUCUCAUCAAAGAACAAUCUAUCUAAAGGUGGUGCUCAAUGUGCUUUCAGAGGUCAGCUAGAAAAUAAGCUGAAUAUUGUGAUUAAGCCAGCAAACAACAAUAUAUACUUUCAAGAACCCAUUAAAUUUAAGUCAGAAAUAGAUACACUCAGCAGAGUUAGACACAACAACUUGGUCAUGCUGCUGGGAUGCUGUGCAGAAGGAAGUCAUAGGCUGCUUGUCUACGAGUAUGUGUGCAAUGGUUCACUAAAUCAACAUUUAUCGACAGAAUAUCACCCUAUGCCAUUGACUUGGACAGAGAGGCUAAGAGUAGCGCUGGGUGCAUCCAGAGGACUAAACCAUCUACAUGAAAACAACAUCAUUCACAGAGAUAUAAGAUCAAGUAACAUUCUUCUAAACCAUGACUCUGAACCACUGCUUGGAGAUUUGGGGCUAGCAACAAUGCAAUCGGAUAAGCACUUGAAGCAGGAGAAUAUUCAGACAUCUUAUUAUUUAGCUCCAGAAUUUCUUGAGAAUGGGACAAUGUCUACCCAGACAGAUGUAUACUCAUAUGGUGUGGUUCUACUUGAGCUGAUAACUGGGCAGAGGACCAUGGACAAGAAGCUGGGGCAAAAGGGUUUUUUGACAUGGGCAAGAGCACUUCUCAAGCAAAGGAGGUAUCUAGAGCUACUUGAUCCUAGAAUUGCUAAUUCUCAUGAUGUCUACCAGCUUUACAGGAUGGCCCAACUGGCACAAAAAUGUAUAAGCAAAAAUCCAAAGAAAAGAUUACCCAUGGAUGAGGUAAAUGUCAGGGCAUUGCAAGCAAAAUCUAAUUACAGAAACUGUAAAGCAAUAUUGAACUUGAUCAGAACCAUUAUCAGAAAAGAUGAUAAGUAUUCGCAAUUUUCGGAUAGAUUAAACUUGAUCUUAAAAUUAGGCUUUAACAAAAGAGAUCAUAAAACUUCAUGUCUAGGGGGACACCUACCUAUUAUUAAGCCAAAUACUCGAAUGUUUAUGUGUUUGUACAUGGUUGACUGAUAAUAUCUUGUUCCAGGUGGUUUCUACUCUUGAAUAUAUAAUAGAGAGCAAACCAAGCAGCUUAAAUGAAGAACAUAUUCUUCCGAAAUCGUAUAGGCCACACAAUUAUGUCAAGACUGUCGAACAUGAAAGUUGCCAUGAAGGUGACGUAGAUGUCAGUUUGACAAGUCCGAUAAGGAGUAGAUCAUCCUCAGCAAAUGUCUGGAAGUUUUCUUCAAAUGAUGGAUGUUUUCAAUUUAUGAGAGCAAAAUCAGGGAGGCCAAGUCCAGUGCGAUAUGGAGAAAUGCUUACCUGAAUCAUUCAAACUACUCUGUGGACACUCAUC